AACCGGAAGUUCCGCCCCACCGGAAGCGGUAGUGCCGCCAUGAAGCUCCUCACACACAACCUCCUCACCUCUCACGUCCGCGGCCUUCAGCCCGGCGCCGGUUUUCCGUUUCACAUUCGGGCCUCGGAGGUUCGGGUCCGUUCGGUGCCGUUCAACGCGGCCUUCGUGGCGCGGCUCCUGCCGAGGCUCCACUGGGAGGCGCUGCUGAGCGCGGCUGAGAGCGUGAGUGGAAAU